AUGUAUCGCAACGCGUCGCAAAAGUUCCAGCGACACCUCUCGAAGCUCCCGCGCGCGUUGCUGCCUAGGAAAUUAGAAAACACGAACAAGUGGCAAAAACCGGAGUUUUCCUUGCGGAAACUCGCCGAGUUGCGGAAAAAAGCGAUCGAGUUACACGUCCCGUGGCCGGCGAAAGCGCACGACAAAGCGCGGAAACCAGAGAAGUUUCCUGCACUGAGACCGUUAAAAGGACACAAACGCUUGCGAGAAGAGCACGUGAAAAUGCGAGAGAUGAAACUCAAACGCGCCGAGGAACGACAAGAGGAAGUCAUGCGAGAACACAAGCUCAGGAAACAAAAAAGAGCGAAAGGCGUCGAUUUUAUUCUCGACGAGAUCUUCUUGACCAAGAAAGAGAAAACGAUAAAGAUGAGAACGAUAGCGGAUUCGCAAGUGAUGAAAACGAAUGCAACAACAGAGAGUAGCAGUAGCAAUGCCAGUAAAAAGAAGAAAGAGUAA